AUGUCCGCCGACAAGUUCAGAGAGGCGGGCUUCAAAGCCAUCGAGCAGCGCAAAUGGCCCGAGGCCAUCGAGAAUCUGUCCAAAGCAAUCGAUCAGUCAAAGUCCCCAGCAUGGCUCCUUGCCCGCUCACAAGCCUUCAUGGAGACCGGCCAGCUCGACAAGGCCAUCCGCGACGCCGAGUACGCCUACUGCACCGCUGCCGAGCGCGGGAACGACAAGAGUCGUAAGCAGAUGAUCGAGUCCCAGUACCGUCGGUCGGUCUGCUAUUUCCGCAAGAAGGAGUACGCCAACGCCGAUAUCUGCGCCGUGUGGUCCCAGCGCCUCGCUAAGGGCGUGGCAGUCAGGGAACACAAGACAGUGCAGCAGGAGGGUGUCAACGACAAGGGAUACUACUUUGCGACCGCGGCGCAGGCCAUAGCGGAGGGAAACGAAAACAAAUCGUCUGAGGGUAACGACACGAUGGCGAAGCUGUCCGCAGCCAUGAGCGGAGGCGCCUCGGACAAGACACCGUACGCAAAGGACUGGAACAAGGCACAGAUCUGGCGUGGCCAAAUCCUCCGCUUCCUCGAGGCGCUCCCGGAAGAGGAUCCUGCUCGCAAGAUCACCACCACGUUGUCGCCUGUGAAGCCGUCUUUGGAGGACAAGAAGGAAGUGAAGCCCAGUAGCUUUGACCCCGAGCUCGAGGCGGCCAAGAAGGAGGCGGCCCAGGCCACCCCUAAAGCCGAUGACUCGAAGUUCCGAACCCAAUUCUACCAAUCUGACACCACUAUUACGGUCUCGAUUUUCAUGAAGUUUGCGAACAAGGCAGAGAUGGACAAGGUGGAGGUUCGCUUUUCUGAGGAUGGCAAAUUCGUGCUCGUCAAGGGCGUUCCGCGGAAUCCCCCUACCCUUUACAUCCGUUUCCAUGACCUCGUUAAUGUUGCCAAAUCGACUUUCCGCGUUGCAUCGAUGAAGCUGGAACUCACACUGGCUAAAGCGAACCCCGGGAAGUGGGCGGACUUUGGCAUUCAGAGCAGUUCUAUAGAUGAGUUCUCAAGCGUGCCAGACUGGGACAACUCAGAGUCCCAGGCAAAUGCCCCUCCAGGACCCAUCGAUGCCACCCCAGGGCCCAGCACCGACAAGCCCGUCACGACCUCAACCCAAAGCUCUGCCCCCAAGACCUCCGCUAAGGCGCCAGCAUACCCCACGUCAUCCAAGUCGGGCCCCAAGGAUUGGGACAAUAUCGCCAAGGACGACGAUGAGGAGGAGCCGGCUGACGUGGACCACUUCUUCAAGCAGCUGUACAAGAACUCCACGCCGGAGCAGCAGCGUGCCAUGAUGAAGAGCUACACAGAGAGCAACGGCACAGCGCUGUCGACGGACUGGAGCAACGUGAGUAAGGGCAAGGUCGAGACGUCGCCCCCGACCGGGAUGGAGGCGAAGAAGUGGGAUGCCUGA